AUGGUUCCUCUAUCAGACAGAAGAGUAAACACCGACCCAGAAAGGGCCCAUCUGGCACUGGCUCUGGCCAUUGUCAAGGGGAAACCCCCAAACACUACGGUCAAAGAUUAUUUUGUGCAAAUCAGGCGACACAUCAAGGUCACCAAAGGCAUCCAGAUGCCUUGUCCGGAAAAAAUAUUCGACAGCGCCUUCUUCUGGAAAUCCGCAUACGAGAAGUCAGAGGCUGAACAAGCCAAAUUGCUCAACACCAUUUACGAUCUGGAGCAGCGCAACCAAAGCCUUUCCUCCAAGCUAUAUCCCACCGACUCGAUAGCCCAAAGCAACAAGACCUCAUCGACAAAACAAAAAGAUGCAGUACAUACCGGUGAAAAUGUUGGUGCCUCUGGCUCUGCGACACAGAGCCAACGAGCGCGGUCCCGCGCCAGUGAUGCCGCAAUGAAGAACCUCGGGAAUGAAGGCAAUGGAAAGAGGGCGCCGGCGGAUGAUGAAGAUACCUUGGCAACGGGGUUCCUGAGGCAGAUAUGUACACUGGAGCGAGCCCUACAGAAAAGACGUAACGAAAAGAGCUUGACAACCAAUGCCGUUAUGCUUUGCAAGCUAGCAGAACAUGCUAUCCUUGAUACUGUCCAAGAAGAAAUUAAAUUGAGGCGCCAAUCCAAUGUCGAACAGCACCCAGAGACCUUCAGUGGGAGACCAACACCUCAAGCGGUUCUCAGGAGUGUGGAACUCUCAUUUCAGCUUGCGCUUCAAGCACUCCACAAAAUCUCGAACACUGGCAAUAUCCGUGCUCAAUGCAAAGGACAAAUUGUCUACUAUCUUGUAUGUCUCUUCGAGUCAAUUACGGUCACUCUGACUCAAUAUUGUACGGCCAUGUCGAAACCAAUUGAAUCCGUCAGAAGGAACCCUUCGCAGAUAUCCACGACUUCACGACCACGAAGGGUAGCAACAGGAAGAAGAGCCAGCAAACUCCCAGCUAGACAGCCUCGCCCUUCACCACGCAGCAAAAGCGAUCUGAGCGAGGAUUUGGUUAACCUCCUCUGCAAUUUGACGACAUCCCUUGACUUAGCUAAAGAGGAUGAUCAGAAAGUCGUGGAAGGAGUUUUCUUUGUAACUCUCAACCGUGUUGGCAAGAUCCUAGCGCUCUACACCUUUGACGGGAUGGAGCUCCCGACCGACAUUUGCCCAACACUUCAACCUCCUGGCGGACUUGCCGCAAUGCGGGAGGAGGAUCUUUCACUGGACAGCACGCAGCUUGAAGCGAAGUCUCUAAUCAAAUUUCUGAAGAGGGCACUGCGAGGUGGACUUUUACGAACCUCUGAUGAUUCGGAUAUACAGGCACCCUUUUUUGGCAGGAUGAAAGAUCGCUUUCAAAAGACCCUGCUUCAGGCUGUAUUCGGAGAAGAUGAACCUUUGUUCCAGGAAGGCCUGAAGCGGCCGGCGACGCCGCCACCACAGGACCCCGACAGCGAAAGGGUCGGAAAGAUGACAUUUUCCGAAUGGUUUACCGAGGAGUUAUGGUCCGUAAUUGGGUGGGAUAUGCUGAAUUGUGUAGGUGGCUACCGCUAA